CGCGGUGCGGGGCAGCCCCGGGGCGGGCGCGGGGCGCGGCCAGCGCGGUGCCUCCCGCAGCCCCAGCGCGGCGCGGAGCGGGGCGGCUGCGGGGCCCCCGGUAGGGAUGUCGGGGUCGCGGUGCCAGACGCUGUACCCCUUCUCCGGGGAGCGGCACCGGCAGGGGCUGCGCUUCGCCGCGGGGGAGCUCAUCACCGUGCUGCAGGUGCCCGACGGCGGCUGGUGGGAAGGGCAGAAGGAGGACGGGCUGCGGGGCUGGUUCCCGGCCAGCUACGUGCAGCUCCUGGAGCAGAAACCCAGAAAGGCAACUCCUCAGACAGGAGAAGAUACCUUGAAUGGCCAUCUUCCCCCCGGCUGGCAGAGCUAUAUGUCACCCCAGGGUCGAAGGUACUAUGUGAACACCUUCACAAAUGAAACGACCUGGGAGCAGCCAAGCAGCGUACCUGGGACUCCAAAGAGCCCUGUGUCACAGAAGAGUUCUGCAGUGAAUGGCUACCACAUCUCUGGGAGUCCGGUACACCAGCUCGACUCUGGUCAUAUGAGCCUCCGAAAAACCAGUGGGGACCACCAAAGCCCGGGGUCCCCGGCGGCGCCGCGGCGGCAGAGCAAGGAGAGCAGCCUCACGAUAAACUGUGUGACUUUCCCCCACCCUGACGUAAUGCCAGAGCAGCAGUUGCUGAAACCUUCGGAGUGGAGCUACUGUGAUUAUUUCUGGGCUGAUAAGAAGGAUUCGCAAGGGAACAAUACAGUGUCGGGAUUUGAAAUUCUUCUUCAAAAGCAACUUAAAGGGAAACAGAUGCAGAAGGAAAUGGCAGAGUUCAUUCGAGAAAGGAUAAAGAUUGAGGAGGAAUAUGCUAAGAACCUGUCCAAACUGUCUCAGAAUUCCUUGGCUGCUCAGGAAGAAGGCACGCUAGGAGAGGCUUGGGCUCAGCUAAAGAAGAGCCUGGCUGAUGAAGCGGAGGUUCAUCUCAAAUUUUCUUCUAAGCUUCAGAGCGAGGUAGAGAAACCCCUGCUCAACUUCAGAGAGAACUUUAAGAAAGACAUGAAGAAGUGUGACCACCAUAUUGCAGACUUACGGAAGCAUCUGGCCAGCCGCUACGCAGCAGUUGAAAAGGCCCGGAAAGCUUUGACAGAGAGACAGAAGGAUCUGGAAAUGAAAACACAGCAGCUAGAGGUGAAGCUCAGCAACAAGACAGAAGAGGAAAUUAAGAAGGCAAGACGGAAGUCCACUCAGGCGGGUGAUGACUUGAUGCGCUGUGUGGAUCUUUACAAUCAAGCCCAGUCCAAGUGGUUUGAGGAAAUGGUGACCACCACUCUGGAGCUUGAGAGACUAGAAGUUGAAAGGGUGGAGAUGAUUCGGCAGCAUCUUUGCCAGUAUACACAGCUGCGGCAUGAGACAGACAUGUUCAACCAAAGUACAGUAGAGCUCGUGGAUCAGUUGCUUCGGAAAGUGGAUCCUGCCAAAGACAGGGAACUGUGGGUAAAAGAACACAAAACUGGAGAUAUCCGACCUGUGGACAUGGAAAUAUAGACUGAUCUAUAGUUGUAUGUGAUGAGUCCACUGAAUUAACCAGGCUAAUGUUUGUUUCUUCAGGGUCAGAAGUGCAUAGGGAAAAGGUUGUUCCACUACCAGACACCUUGUAAUUUAUGCCUGUACAGGCUCUCUCUGUUACAUUUAGUCUUUAAAAUGGUCCUCAUUGUGCUAAGCCUUAAGCACCAGACAUUCCAGGGUGAAGAAACCAGAUGUGUGCUUCCCACCAGAGGUUCCCAAUUGCACGCAGCUUCCAGAAGAAAUCUGCUUUCUGGUACAGAGAGUGCUCUGUUCUUCAGUGACUUUGUGCUACAUCCCUUGCAUGACUAUCUUUAUACAGUAUGUUAAAACAACCAUACAGCGAGCCUCUGGCCAGCAAGUAGAUAACGGUUUGAACAUGACGCAGGAGGCAAGGAGGUCUUAAUCAUGAAUCCCAGGUCUGCCACUGACUGCUUUCAUGGCCAUAGGCAAUUCAAUUAACUUUUCUGGCUCCCUCAUCUAUAAAACUUGCAUAUUUUGCAGUAAUGUUGUGCAUACAUCUCUUUCAUACAGUUUCCCACCAUGGCAGUGAAGUGAUGGCCCUUCUUCCAAAAUCUAUGGAGAAGAUUCCUGUUCUUCCUGUUUUAUACUCCCUCUCAGGGACACAUAAACCCAUUAUCAUCAUGAUUUCUGUUCUAGGAUCAUCGAUAAGGUUGAAAGUGUUACCAUCACCGUUAUUUAUCAGAAAGGACUUGGUUGUGCAAUACCUACCUCAUGAGCUGUCUGAGUGCCCUCAACGACAGAAGGAGGUUAUAUACCAAGGAAUAAAUGAGAUGUUCAAAACCUGUCCUGCUUAUGCAAGGUGUUUCCUCACAGAAUCUCCUUAAAGACAGUCCUCUAACAUUUUAUUUGGGAUCCAGGUUUAAAUUGCCGUUUGUUGGUUCCUUCAGGUGAAUAUCACAGUCUUUAGCUAUCUUUAAUUAGCAAGUUUGUUCAGCUGAGUUGUGGGGUUUAUCUUUUUAGAGCCUGAUUUUCAAAGGAGCCAUGAAUCUGUGAUGCUAGGUUGCAUUAAGUAUAGAUGUAGGUGCCCAGCACUUCUGCACCAUCAGAUUCUUAACCUUAGGUUUUUCCUUUAUUAUGCUUACCGCAAGUAACCAAAAAUUCAACACUGCUCUUGGCCCUGAGUGUUACAUAGUUUGGAGACUGGUUUUGAAAAGAUAUUAGUUUUCUUCUCUUGCUGUUCUUUCUGAUUGAUUAUUCUGUGCUGCUGUUAAUAUAUUUUUCAGCAUUUCAUACAAUGCCAAGAUUAUUAAGUUCCUUGCUUUAGAUCCAGCAGAAACCUUUAUUCUCACCGCUGUGGCCUUUACUCACUGUUUACUGUGUUGUUAUCUGCAAUUUCCCAAACUGUUGAUCCACAAUUAUGCUCUAAUUUAUCUCAUUGUUACCAUCCUUUUUUCCCCAGCACCGAAAUUGCAUCCUCCUUUUGUUCUACUACUCUUGCGUUUUGUUAACUAGCCUCAAAGUGCUUUGAUUAAGUUAUUAAAGAUUAAAGAGAAUUGCUAUUCCCCUUUAUAAACACAAAGUGAGAUACAGAGGAAUCUUAUCUGGGACACAUUUUUAAUGUUGCUGCAGUGAUUAUUUUUCUGGUUUGUUAUUUCAAAAUGAAUCCUCUUUGUGUUUUCCUGUUGCUCUUUUUUCCUCAACCAGCUCUUUUACCGAUAUAGAUUGAUUCUUGUCUUGCAAAUGCCUCCACAAGCCACUUCUCUGCUGUGUCAUUACCCUUUCUAAACCCUUGUACUCUAGCAGGUGCAACAUCAUCACCGCUGCGCGCUUGGGAUCGCUGUUCCUGGUGUGACACCUCCUGCACUGCACUUCUAUUCCGCACUUCUGAAUUUGCGACUACUAUUUUAUUCUCAGUGUUGGAAGCACCCCACACACUCUUCGGUAGGUCUUUUCUACAAAGACGAUUGCAAUACAAAGGAAACAUGGUUUCCCUAAGCAUCGCAUAAUCCUUGAGCUCAGUUAGAGUACAUACGCACGCUUCUCCUGACUCCUCUGCUGCUGCACAAGCAGGGAAGUUUCAUGGUGAUCUCUCUUUUUCUGUCUUCCUAUCGAUUCAUUCUCUGUCCUAUUAUUUUUUUUUUGCUGUACCAAUGUAUACUUUUCCUCUCUCGACCAUGCACUUUGUAGGACAGGCACUUUUUAAACCAAAGGUGCAGGGUGAGCUUUCAAAACUUCAAUGGCCAAAAAUAACUGGAGCACUUAAGAGCUGCAUCUCAGGUUAACCCCUGUAUUCUAAGCUGUACUGUAAAUUAAAAUGAGCAAUCUUGACGGCACCUCACUACAUUCUUGUUUUGAUUGCAAAACCAAGCUAGUUGUGCACUUUAUACAGUAUUCUCCUUAAUAAAUAUUUGAAAUAAUCUGUUAUCAAUUACGCUUUAUUUUUUCCUCUUUUUUUGAAGAUGUUUGUUACUUUAUCUGUUUUGGACUGGCAAUACUGUCCAUUAGCACAGGUUUCUCUGAGGACUGAAAUGUAUUUUGGUUCCUCUACUAAGUUGUGUUUAAGCUGCUCUCAAUUCUCAGUUGUAUUUUCUGGUAGAUUUUUUCCCCUUUUUGUUUUAUUUCCUGACAGUUUUCCUACUUCUAGUUUUUGGUCCAUUUAAAUUGUUGCAGGAAUGCAUGAGCUACACAGAACAAUAAUUCUUUUGAUGGACUCUGUAUCUCUUUUUCACUUUGAUAGUCUGAAGAGACCACUUUUACCGGGCUGUUAAUCUUUACCAGGCCCAGCAAACUCUGGCGUAGUGCUGCUCUGCAACGGGUGAGAGACUUCCUGUACAACAAACCUUUUACCUGUCAUCAGUGGAAGUGUUAGGGAAGCUUUGCUGUUGCUUGUAGACCAUUUCCAGCUUUUUUCCUGCAAAAGAUGAUAUUCACAAUUGAUGCGAUGCUGCAGAGAGUGGGAUCAGUGUUACCUGGCUCAUUCAUUUCUCUGGCUGGUGGAUCCCGCACAGUGUGAUGCCGUACGUGUCAGGGAGCGCUAGAGCGCCUUUGCUUCUGAACAAACAGCAUCUCCAAGGAGAGUAGUGGCAUAUUGGAACGAAAGUAUGGAUGCCUGUCCUUGUGUUUGUUCCUAGCUCGCUAACUUCAGGAAUUUCAGCAUUGCUGUAGUCAUCUUCCAUUGAGCUGCAAAUUGCGGUUGAAUACAGUCUUUUCUCAUGCAGUAGCUCCUCCUAGACAGCUUCUUCUCUGGAGUAAGAUCAAGCUUUGUCGUGUUAAAAUAGCUAGCACGUGAAAAGCAUGAUAUUGCAAUGUAGCUGAUUAAUAGGAAUAGGAAAGCAAGUCUCUUGCCUCCGUAGGUACUGAGCCUAAGGGGCACCUCGUUUUGUCUGGCAGGUGGGCUCACACACUUGAUGCAAGUUUUUGCUGUUUUAGACACUGCAGCUGUCAGUCUUCUUGUGUGACAAAACUGUCUUACAUCUUCAUAGGGCUCUGUGGACUCAGAGAGGAAGCUGAGCUUUCAGAUUAGUACUGUUUGCUUUCUCCUAAAGAGGUACAAUUAGUGGGAUUUUGCAUCUGGUUCCUGUCUGAUACCUCUGUUUGCUGGGGUCUUUGUGGAAGCCCCCAGUGUUUCAGGAGUCCUGCUCCCCCUGCGGAGCUCCAUCUUUGUCUAAGUGAUGCUGUCAUAUUCUUGCCUCGUGGUGUCAAGCCUCUGGCUCCCUCAUGAUCUGUGCUUCAGCCAGAGCUUUUUGGGCCUUGUCUGAGCUCAAAGGCUUCAUGAAUUCCUGUGGCUUUGAAUCUGUUGGGUGUCCUGACUCCAGUGCCAGAGCUGGUGAGGUGCUUGCCAGCUGUAACCUCAGCCACUGUACAGAAUGACAACAGUUUGUUCGUCAUCCAUAUUAGCAAGCCUAUGUCUUCAAAGCCAUCUUCUGGCAUAGUUUUCUCAACAGAGUCCCCCAUUGGAAGUCUUGCUCUGAGGUCUUCUUUCAGCUUGUUUUCCAGAACUCAUUCUGGAUCCAGUGCUGUUGGCUAAUUCCUGGUGGAGUUAAUGAGCUGAAAGCAGUGAGUCCUUUACCACGUGGGCCAAGUGCGUUGUUCUCCCAUUAUUGGCAAGAUUUUAGUUGCUUUCGUAGAGCAACAUCCCAAAAGGCCUGACUUUCAGAUGUCCAGUCUGCUCCAGAUUCACUAACAUCCGUAACUCCCAUUUGUUCAUCACUUCUAAGUGUUGAGCAUCUUUUGAAAAGACUUCAGCUGUUCCAUUAUAGGAAUGUUUUUGCCUUAUUUGACACUGGGAUCUUUAGGGAUAGGUUUAAUAUGUUUUUAACAUGUUAAAAUAUCAGAACAGCAGCGAAAGUCAUGAGAAAUCCCUAUUAAGUUCCUAGAACACUUUUCCCCCCUCUGCAGCCCUGCCUGAGCUGCUGUGGGGGAGCUGUGCUCUCCCUCGUCUUGCACAGUUCCAGUGAACACUGAAGUGGCUUCUUCUUUCGUGCAUAACAAGCAGCGUACAAACUUGUGCUUUGGUUCUCUUUAUUCAUCUGUGCAGUCUCACCUUGCAGAAUUAUCUGCUUUUUAUCUGACAGCCCCAUGCUGUAAUGUCAGCGUGUGUAGCCAUCUCGUGACAGUGAACUGCACUCAGAUCACCUCUUUUUUAUUGUUUUUGGGGGAUUGGUUUUCUUCCUAACAGGAAUUUUCUGCAAAGCAUUCACAGGAAACUUUCACAUGCUCAGUAGCAGUCAUAAUUUCUCAGACCUUCUCAGAACCUCUUUAAAUUUGUCCCUGGUUUUAAUGUUAUUAUUUAAAUAUUUGCUGCACGUUAGACUCUUUGUGUAGAAACAUGUGCUCUUCUUUUCACCUGCUCUUUGGAAGCACUUGGAAGACAACAAGGAGCGUGUAGGUGAUAAGAGACUUUGAAAAUCAGGCUAACAAAUAGAAAUGUACAAGCCUCUUUUUUUUCCUUGGUUGUUGAGUACAUGUAUAAGGUAAACAUUAAGAAAUGAGAACCUCAAAUAGUUAAUGUACAAGACUUUGCUGCUACACGUGCAGUCCCCGGAAGCUCCAUGAGUAACCCAGAGUUAGGCUAUGGUAGGAGCACAGCUCUGAAGCAUGGCACUACAGCUCACUUUCUGAUGCAGCUGUAAAAAACCCAAAUCCAAAAUUAAAUAAGUGAAAAAGUAGUUCUGCCAUCUAUUUCUUUAGUCACACACAGGGAGAAAAAGAGCACUGCUUCCCCAGGUGUGUCCUUCACUAUUAAGCACCUUAAGAAAUCCAGACCAGCACCUUGAAGGUCACCCUGGAAAGAGUAGAUGUGACUUCUUGGUGUGAUCAAUCACUUCCUUCUGAAUUGAAAACUUACUAUUUUAUAGUAGCUAGUGUGCUUUUCUGCACUAAGUGCAGCCUGCAGGGUCUGUCCCCAGAGAUGGCAGUCAGGGUCGGGGCUCCUGGAGGCAGUCCUGGUCACCCUUAACGUUUCUGCUUUGUGAAAACUAACUAGGUCUUCAAAAGACAGAGUUGAAAAGACAGCUUUGAAAAUAAUGAGCUUUCUUGAUCACACACCUUUCUGGGAAGUCUGUAGGCUUUUUUGCUACCCAGCGUGGGUUGAAAUAGGAGAAUGAGGUCUCGGAGGUUGCUGAAGCAUUGCUGUGAGUGGUUCUUGGUGUGUGGGCAGUCCUCCUGGAUUAAUGCAGUGGUAGGGAACGGCCGAUGGGCACCGUUUGCACAGCAGAGCUGACUGAUGUUUUCUUAGAGGAGCCUGCUGGUCGCGUUUAACUUAACCAGGUGGGCAAUAGUCACAGGAAGAUUUGAGUUAAAAACAGGCGCAUAGGGCAGGAAAAUAUUUAGCUGCCCCAGUGGCAUUUGAGCUUCUCGGUACGAGGCACCUGUCUCCCUCAGACCCUGACAGGGCCAGUAGAAGGCUCAUCACUCUCCAAAUUCUGCCUAGCACAUGAAAAAUCAGCGAUGAAACAUUCCCUUGUAUUUAUUGCCUGAAGCAGGGCUCCCCAGCUAGCACCUGGUUGUGCCUGUGGGAGAACAGGAUGUGGUAACGCCACGCUGGUGACUGCAGACUGGAUUUUGGCAUUUGGCAGCACUGUGAUGUCCUGCAUCCUUGCACUGAACUGACCGUAAGUCAGGCAGAGACACGUCAGCCCUGGUGUGAAGGUAUUCUCCAGGAGCUUGGAGCACACCAUCUUUCUGUUGCAUAAUGGUGAUGAAGUCUUUCCCAUCAGCAAAUCCUUGUCUUUUCCUGAGAAUCACUAUUGUAUUAAUAACAUUGAUUACUUUGUCUUAUAGUAGAUCUUACUCAUAUAGCUGUGCACCUUUCAGUUCUUCUGUUCUCCUCUUCAUUGUCACUGUAGCCAACCCACCAUCGCUGAGAUGCACCAGUUUUCGGGAUCUUUACUUUUGAAUUUUCAUAACAUGUCUCUGUUGCUUUCAUGUGCUGACCAACCUUCAUGCUUUUGGAUGUUUUCUGAGAGUGGUAAGUGCAUGCUUUUUGGAGGGGUUCUUUUGGUUUUUGCUUUGGAUUUUUCUUACCAGCCACCAGGUUUGGAAAUGCAAUGACUCCUUUUUCUGCUAGUCGGAGUUUAUUGUUUUACUUCCUGGACUUUUUUUUUCUGAAGGGACCAACACAUAGCACAAUUUGACUUAAAUUUCUAAUCCCAUGCAUUCCUCAAGGCAGAAACCUUUUGUGCCUAAUGAUGCAUCUGAUUCUAAGAACACUGCAUGGAUCAAAUCUGUCAUAAACCAAUAAAAAGUAAAAGUCUUGGGUUAACCACUUAAUAAUUACCGAAUAAAAUCCAUAACUUUGAAACAUUCAAAUUUAAUUCCCUCAACUUACAUUAAGUUGAACUAUUUCAGGUGUGUCAUAGACAAACUCAGUGGAUAUUUAGAACAAAAGCUUUUCAGCUGCUGUAGUCAAGUCAGCGAGUAGACAAGACGAUAAUUUUGAAUACAUGCAGUCUUUCAGGGCUACUGAUUUAACAAGUAACUGAGUAAUGGCUUGUAUCACAACUACUAAAAUUCUGCUAGUCAUUCCCCUUGAAGUGCCUCUUCAAAUUCUAUCUGUUACAAGCAGGUCAAAUACACAGACUCGCCCCCAAAUUUCCUAAGCUCAGGAGCAGCCAGUAUGCACAGAUCUGUGCAGGAUUCUCAACCUUCCUGCCUUGCCCUGCACUGUGCGCUCUUUUAGGACAUCCCCACCUCCCGUAGACCUGCCUUUGUCUCACUGAUCAUUUUCUGUCCAGCACAGUCAUCUGAAAUUCUCAAUGCUGAAAACGGAGUAGGACAUGUUAGGCGUAGAAGUGACUGCAUUGAAGAAGUGUUGCAAACUUAAAUCUUCUGACACAUCCUUCAGUAUAGGGGUUUCACUAGAAUAAGCAGGGAAUUCCGCAUAAAAACAGUUGAGUAAGUGGCAUUUGUGGCCUAACUUGGGCUUCAUUGUGUGAAAAAAAAAAGCCAACUCUGUUCUUUAAAGCAGUUGCUGAGAAGAAAUUUGCUGGUACCUGAAGUGUAGAGCUGAAUAGUGAUUUCAGGGAUCUCAUCAUCCCCAUGAUGUGACAGUCUUAGCCAUUUGAAUUUGGAAACGCUUGACCUGAACUCCCUUAUUCCUUCGGAGGUUUUUGGUGUAAUGGCUGAGAUGUUCAGAAUAACCUGAGGACUGUGGAUGUCGAUUUCCCACUCUCCUCCUCCACCAGGUCAAAUCACUCUUUAGGGACAGUAACUUCUAUCCGUUAUGAAAAAAGCAGGUACUGGUAUUGGACAAAUAUAUUUCCUUCUCCUUAGAUGGUUUCCUUUCUUUCGACAGCCCAAGACAGCGUGAAAAAUCCACCAAACAGUUUUACGGUCAUUCUAACAGCAGGGAUUCAAAGGCAGGCCAGAUCACCACUCAUACACUAAACCAGAGUUUUCUACUAAAAUGAAUUUGAUUAUUUGGUCCUUUUUGUGUAACUUUUGCUAAAUACUUCUAAAUUUCUAGGAAAGUUGUCUUUUGCCAGUACUAAUAACUUAUUUUUAAAGAUUUUUAACCAAAAUUUUGUAACUUUCCCUAAGUGUUGGCUGAAUAGACCCUUUAAAUAGUUUAUGUAUCACGCAGCCUCUAUCUGGGUAACUCGUAAACCUUGGAUCAUCGUGAGAAUUACGAUAAGGAUACAUGAAGGAAUCACUUACUGAGCUUAAGAAGCUGAAUGCAGAAAAGAUUUAAGGGACAGAUCUUCAGCUCGGGUAAACUGGCAGGUUUUGGUGGAAGCUACUUUAUGUCAGCUGUGGAUCUUGUCCUUCAGUGUUGAAGGCGUUUCCUAUACAUAAUUUUUCUGUCUUACUGUAAAACAAUUUCAUAUGGUUAAACUGUAUUUUCCUAUAUUGUUCUGCAAGUUUAUAUGCACCACAGUGCUCAUCUCAUCUCCUGUAAAAUAAACUGUACAGAGACACAUUAAGCAUGGAAUUGUCUACCCGGUUGCUUUUUCUUCUUCCAAAGCCGCACACCUUUUCAAUGCGAUACCAUGAGACAACACUCGGGGUGUCAUAUGCAUGUUGUCCUCCCAGCUUAGUGCAUCUUGAAUUUGCAGUCAUAUCACUUAAGUGGAAUCAUAGAAUCAUAGAAUGGUUUGAGUUGAAAGGGACCUUAAAGAUCAUCCAAUGCAACCCCCCUGCCAUGGGCAGGGACACCUCCCACUGGAUCAAGGGGCUCAAAGCCCCAUCCAACCUGGCCUUGAACACCUCCUUUUCAGAUCUUUGCAUGGUAUCCAGAUGAGUACAGUGCCUACAAUUUCAUUUUUAUUAGGAGAUCCAUUUAAGAAACACCUGUAGUAAAAUGGUUUUGUUUCUUAAACAAGCGGGCAAGCUGGCCGUGAUAGGUGGGGGACUGCUCACAAAGGCUCGUAGUGAUAGGACUCAGGGCAAAGGCUAUAAACUGGAGGGGGCAGAUUUAGACUGGACAUGAGAAUUUCUUCACCGUGAGAGUGUUGAGGCCCUGGCCCAGAUUGCCCAGGGAAGCUGUGGCUGCCCCAUCCCUGGAGGUGUUCAAGGCCAGGUUGGAUGGGGCUUUGAGCAACCUGAUCCAGUGGGAGGUGUCCCUGCCCAUGGCAGGGGGUGGAACUGGAUGAUGUUUAAGGUCCCUUCCAACCCACGCUAUUCCAUGAUCAGUAUGAAAGCAGCUGUCACAAAAUGGGCAUGCUUUAAAUGAGCUGUGAGUCUCCUACAUCCGGUCAGUCUUUUACCUGCAAGUUCCGCGUCCAUCUUGAAGCUUAGUUGAAGAGGAAACACCGAUGUAAAAUAUUGUUGUUAAUAAAUUGUUUUACUUAGAAUAUUGGAGUUCAUGUGCAUGCUGGCAGGCUUUCUGACAAAGUCAAAACCAGCCUCACCAAAAUCCUGUCUAAUGCAACAACUGCCUUCAAAAAUGACCAGCAUGGGAUGCUGCUAUAGAAGCAGAGCUCAGAGCAAGCGGGUGUUGCAAUUCUACAGAAUACCAGCCAGCAAUUCGUGCCUCAAGGA